AUGGCGCCCAAGCUCGCCGGCACCUACGGGCGCGGCGGCGCACUUCGCCAUGUGGAGGAUCUUCGAGCCGAGGGCCUGGGUGAGGCAGCACUGCGACAGCGCCUGCGCGAUGAGGGUUACGCUGCCCCUCGCAUCUCCCAAUUGCUGAAAGGUACCCGCCCGACCGCGCCUGUCGCUGCGCCGCGCGCUCGCCCUGCCGCUGCACUUGCGCCAGAGGCCGUGGAGCCUACUGUCGAUGUGGAGUUGGUCGAGCUGGGGAUCCAGGAGGACGAUGCCGUGACGGAGUCUCUUGAUCAAGCGGAAUUCGAGUGGCACGUUGACCAUGCCAUGGAGGCGGUUGGGCCUCACGAUGACGCAUCGUCGGAGGAGGGCGAUGUUGGCACUCUGCUUAAUGACGAGCGAGUUUUGAGCUCCGGUGACUCGGAGUCAGGGCAACCCGGGCCGGCGCAGCCUUCGGCGCAGCCUUCGGCGCAGCCUGCGCUGCCCCCAGCGUCUGCUGUUCGAGCCCCUGGCCGCACUCACGUGGGCCCCCCGCUGAGAAAGCCAGCCCGUGGCCCGUGGCCGAAUGAGCAGUGCCCUGGCCUGCCCGGAUCUCCUUGCACUUUCCACGCGGCUGCCACUGGCCGGCCGGCUCGCAUCCACCGAGAUCGCGGCGAGACGCAUUGUCUACUCUGCGACGGGGGCAAGUGCCGGGCAACAGGAAAGGACGUCUUGGCGAAUGUGCUGGAAAAGUUUCGGGACAAGAACUUGACGGUUCACGGCGCGGCGUUGGAGCGACUGCGCCAGCACCUGGGCCAGUCCGAGCUCGCUGCCCUCCAAGAUCCUUGGGCAGCCUGUCUGCAGGAGCGCAAGUCAGUCGGCAGCAUCCUCAAGCCCAAGGCACGCGAGCACUACGCAGCCGAGGUGAAGCGCGAUCGCAGGGUGGCUCGGCGCAAGGUCUUCUUCCCGGAGAAGAUGCGAGCCCGCGCCACAGAAGCCGAGGAAGCGGCAGAGAUGGAGCACGUGAAAGCUGUAGGGCACGUGGAAGACCUGGCGGCGAACGACACAGGCCUGCCUUCACCGAAGUGCUCCAUUCCGCGCCUUGUGGAAGCGUGGUGCAAGCAAGGGUCCUGGGGGGUGUGUGAAAAGUGCCACAGCCUGUGCCCCCGACCCCUUCGGCCUAUGGACGCACGGCGCAUAGCGAAGCCCGUCAUCCCCAGCGCACAGUGCACCGCCUGCCAGAAGGGCGAGCACGUUCCGCAGCCCGAGGACGUGCCGCCGCCGCUCCGUGGCCUCAAGCCGAAGGUCCUCGAAGCUCUCCGACCCCUCGAAAUCGACACGGGGGUCGCCGACCGGGCGCCAUUCGGCUAUCGUGUGCACACUGCGAUGAUCUGCUUUGCCUGGGAGCCGGUCUCCGUGGAGUACAAGAUCGCUCACCUGGAGAAGCGCAAGGACCGGCGCGCAGCCGAAGCGGCCUAUCUCCACCUCAUGGGCUCGACGGUCAGUGCCUACAGGACCUUCAUCGAGCGGCACGAAGACUUCCUCAAGAAGCACGGCGACCACGCAGACCGCAAGCUCCGCAAGCGUCCCUUGCGGUUUUUGGAGGAGGAAGGCUUGGAGUGUUGCCUGUGGCCCCAUCUCUACCAUCACAAGAACCUUUGCGAGACCGUGGCCCGGGCAACCCACGAGACGCGGCAGCAGCGAGGCCACAAGCGACGCGCGGAAGACAGCAACGAUGAUGAGGACGCAGAGACUGAGGGCGAGCGGGACGUCGAGGGCGUCGGCGACGCCGUUGCCGGCAGCAAGAUGGGCCGCAUCAAGCGAGGCUUCAUCCGGAAGGUGCUGUCCCCUGUGAUCGGUUUCGGCGCCGACUACCAGCUGCUGCACUUCGUGUACGACCUCAGCAUGUGGACCACCAUUGGCACGAAGCGCAACAUUGCUGCGCGCACCGGCGUGCCCCUGCGGCUGCUUCUCAAGGGCUCGCCGUGGACGCCCCAGUAUUGGCGGGUCCGCCACCAAGCACUCGUGGACAUGCAGCGCCAGUGCGGAAAUGCCACCCUCUUUCGCACGCGCCACCUCGCCGGCGCGGAGACGCUUCACAUGGCCCACAUCCUGAUGCAGUUGGACAAGGGCUACUUCUGCGGCGACUGGGCGAAGGCUGGGCGGGCGGACCGGAUUUGGAAGGAGCACCUUCUGGGGCCCCACGUGCCCAACAGCACCAACACCGUUGUGGCUCACGCAACGCGCCUUGAGUUUCAGGAUGGCAAGCGCAAGCGGGGCACCCAGCGCUACCACGGGCGUGGAACCACUCACAGUCACUCCUUGGACUUCCUCACGAACAUCGCAGACAUCGGCUUAGAAACCAAAGUGCAGGCCACGAUCCCACCCAAGGACACGGAGCCUUUGCUGCACGGUCUCGUGAUGGACUCCCAAUGUGACUACAGAGACUCCAAGCUGCCGGUACGCGAGGCACCGUCCACCUGGGACCCCGACGCGAAGAAGGUACUGCUUCACCACUCCACUGACGACAAAGAGGCGAAGAUCCGGGCUUACUUCAAGGACACCAUGGAGGUCACCAAAUGCCAUGAAGACGUUCAGCAGGGGGACGGGAACGGCGCGGUGCUCCGGUACGUGUCAACCUACAACAUGAAGUUCAGCAACUCCAUGGACUCCGACUGGCUCAACGGCGCCGCGUCCGACUACAGCACUGCAGCCGGGGUCCUGCGGCGCUACCAGCCCCUGGAGCCGGAAAUGUGGCUCACCCUGGCGCAGGAGCGCUUCCCGCAGGUCCAUCUCAGCGGCACCUUCGUGGACUACAUGGCCCCAAGCCUGGAUGUCGAAGAGAAGCCGCAGUACCUCCAGCAUUACGAGGGCUGCGCCUGGCGCCGGGAGGACAUGACGCUCCUGGAGUUCCUCCGCAAAAGCAACGCCAAGGGCGACCUCAUCCAUCACAUCUGCCAGAAGCACCAGGACAUGGUCCUGGAGGAGGUGCGAACUGCUGGCGUCCUAUACCGCCAGCACCGGGCGGAGCGGCGAGCCCGCGGCCGCGAGCCGCUCGCGUUGACGGAGUUCUUGGCCGACCGGGACUACAUUGGCCUUACCUCCUUGCAAAGCUUCGCCAAUGCCUACGAAUGCCGCGGCGAGAAGUUAGCGGCGGUCUCCACGCACUCGAUGCUGAACGACCGCUACUACGGUCAGUGGCUGGCACUCAAUCGCCCCUUUCGGCGCUUGGAGGAGUUCGCCGAGGCGGCCCCCGAGGUGGCAGAGCGCGUGCCCGAGAAGUACCGACACUUUGCACUGUGCAUGCACCAUGCCGCGGACUUCUGGGAGGACGAGAGUCUCGUCCGCGGCGCCAUGGAGCUGGAGGCCCGCAGCAACGCGUUCAUCGACACCAUCCUGCGGAAGAUCCGGGCGCAACAUCAUCUCGUGAAGCGGUACUUGACGGGCGCGAUCCCGGUGACCGAGGUCCUGAGCGCCGAGGAAUCCGAAGAGGGCAGCGCGGCGGCGGACGCGGGGAAGCGCGCAACAAAGCUCACUCACUCGCAGAAGCGCCUCGCUCGGGCCAUGCAGGAGCAGCUGCAGAACGCCUUACAGGCGGCCGAGGCGCGGGACGACGAGACCCUGGAGGCGUGCGUAACAGCCGCGGAGGCCAACAAGAUCCUCUUCGCCAACGGACCGCCCGGCACCGGGAAGACGCACGUGCUCCAUGAACAGAUUCGGCGGUGGAAGGCCAAAGGAGCCCGGGUCCUCUUCGCCCUGCCGACAGGGCAGCUGGCCUCGGAGAUGCGUGCGCUCCAUCCAGACGUGGACGUCGACACCAGCCACGGCGCCUUUCUUCUGCACAAAGAUCUCCAGGAAGCUGCUGCGAUCCUCACUCAAUACGACCUAGUGGUGGUGGACGAGGUUUCCAUGCUCACCGACAAGCAUUUCGAGCACAUCCUGGCCCUCUGGAAACACGCCGACCAGCUGCCGUGCCUCGUCCUCCUGGGUGACUUCUGGCAACUCCCCGUUGUGGAUCGGGACGCCGCGCGCUGCGAGCAAUCACCCGCUUGGACCGGCCACGUCCGGACCGUCGACUUCUACGAACAGGUGCGCUGCAAGUGCCCGGUCUUGCAGAAGAAGCUGGACAUUCUGCGGACGGCCGUCCCCAGCGUGAAGCAACUGAAGGACAUCCUCCGCGGGCACCGUGCGUGGAUGACCCGCGAGCCCACGGCCUACAACGUCCUGGAUCUGUUCCGACAGCACGAGAACACCACGGUGGUCACCUGCACCCGCCACGGCGCAGCCACCGUCAACGACCUGGCCGCCCAGGUGUUCUUCGAAGACCGGCACAAGCGCCCGCUCGGAUCGCUGCCUGUGGAUUAUGAAGCCAAUCCGGACAACUACACCUCCACGGGACGCCUCCGCAGCGGCAGGCUGGAGCCGGCUCGACGCGACGUCUACGCGGGCAUGCGCAUCUUCCUUACGCGCAACAUGUCCAAGGAGGAUGACUUCGUCAAUGGCAUGGCCGCCACCGUGGAGGGGUACGACGAGGUGGCCUGCUUUCCCAUCCGCCUGGGCUACGCCUCCACCGUACCCAAGGUCCAGGGGAUGACGCUCCCGCACGUGACCCUUUGGUUGGACCGCGCCGGUUGUCGGGCAGCUGCAUAUGUGGCUCUCUCCCGCGUCGAAAGGGACGAGAACUAUCUCAUCGCCGGCCUCGUCUGCCCCAAACAUUUCGUGCCUGCCCACUGA